UGACGAGCGAGCGACACACGAUGCUGCGCUAUUUCCAACCUCAUCCUAAUCCAUCCCCAUUUAAAGCGCACAACACCCUCCCCACUCGUCUACCUCCUCCCCCGAUGCCCUCCUCCCCUUCGCACUCGCGAUGUUUGGUGACUGCGGGCUGCGCUUUCCCUUCCUCCGCCGGUGCAUCGGGGGAUGCCGACGACGAGCGGCGGCGGACCUGGACCCCGACUUGGACCCCGUGGUCCUGGUUACCGGCGUGGGGGGAUCGAUCCUGAACGCGAGGAACAGGAAGAGCGGGUCCAUCAUCCGCGUCUGGGUGCGGAUCCUCCUCGCCAACUUCGAGUUCAAGAAGUACCUCUGGUCCCUCUACAACCCCGACACUGGGUACACGGAGUCGCUCAACGUUGACGACGAAAUUGUAGUCCCUGAAGAUGACUACGGUCUCCAAGCGAUCGACAUUUUAGAUCCAUCAUUAUGGGCAAAACUUCUGCGUCUGACCGAUGUAUAUCAAUUCCAUGAGAUGAUUGAUAUGCUUAUUGGAUGUGGAUAUGAAAAAGGAACCACACUCUUCGGAUUUGGUUAUGACUUUCGGCAGAGCAAUCGAAUUGACAAAACUAUGGAUGGCCUGAAACAAAAAUUGGAAACUGCUUACAAGGCUUCCGGUGGUAAAAAAGUAAAUAUAAUAUCACAUUCUAUGGGUGGAUUGCUUGUCAAAUGCUUCAUGUCGCUACACAAUGAUGAUUUUUCAAAGUAUGUCAACAAGUGGAUCUGCAUAGCAUGUCCCUUCCAAGGAGCACCAGGAUGCAUAUACGAUUCCCUUUUAACUGGGUUGCAAUUUGUUUAUGGUUUUGAAAGCUUCUUCUUUGUUUCUAGGUGGACGAUGCAUCAAUUGUUGAUUGAGUGCCCAUCUAUUUAUGAGAUGCUGCCAAAUUCGGGAUUUAAGUGGAAGAAGAAGCCUUUGAUACAGGUCUGGAGGAAGCUAUCUGAAGGGAAGGAAAAUGUGAAGUUGGAAGAGUACGAUCCAGCUACAUGCAUCUCUUUCUUUGAAGAAGCUCUAAAGAAUAAUGAGCUGAAGUACAAUGGAAAGUCAAUUUCCAUACCAUUUAAUUUUUCUAUCCUCAAGUGGGCUGCUCGAACUCGCAAAAUUAUUGAUGAAGCCCAGUUACCAAGGAGUGUUAGCUUUUACAACAUAUUUGGGACAUCAUUUGACUCUCCAUAUGAUGUGUGCUAUGGAUCUGAAACUUCACCGAUUGGCGACUUAUCCAAAGUGUGCCAUACACUACCUGAAUAUUCUUAUGUGGAUGGAGAUGGGACUGUUCCUUCUGAAUCAGCUAAGGCUGAUGGGUUCGCAGCAACUGCAAGAGUUGGUAUUAAAGGUAGCCACAGAGGUUUGUUAAAUGACGAGAAAGUAUUUCAACUUUUGAAGCAAUGGUUGGGUGUGACUGAAAAAUCGAGGCACUUAUCAACCUCCAAAGUGAUGGAUAUAAAUCCUGAUGUCACCUUGGCUCAAUUGUCUCCAAAGGAUAUUUUAUGAAAACAUUGUGGAAGAGAGAGGGGUGGUGUAUACUGUGUCAAAUUUAGAGUUAAUAAUUAUAAACCGAAGUAGUACUGCACGUGAAACAUACAAGGACAUCAUUCUUUUCGUAGGAAAGUCCUUGUCUAAUUAUAACUUGAGACCACUGGACUUUCAUCUGAGAUCGAUGAACAUCCAUCAUUGAUGAUAUUGUCUGAUACUGAAGUUUUGGUAAAAAUGCCAAACAUUGUAAACAACAGACAGUUUUAUUUUUCUCUUUUUUACAGAAAUAACACAUGUUCGCUGCUGCAUAAA